AUGAAAGAAGAAGAAGAAGAAAAAACCCUGUUGAGGUCGGCGAAGGGCUCAGGAAAUGGCCGACAAGGACUUGGCAUCCCAUACCGCGGUGACCUUGACUUCAGGCGGGGAUACGCCACAGCUCGGUGGCAAGCAAGAGCGAGAACAAUAUUCGCGAAGAUGGCGUCCUGCCUUCGAUGCAUGUUUCAGCUGACGAUACCUGGUCUGAUAUUCUACGCGGGUGUUCUGGCUGCGCAGCGGUCUGUAGUGCCACCAGGUGUGCCUACACCCGCUGAAAUCUACAAGGAUGUCACUGGCGAGGAAAUGCCGACUGUGAGCCCCACUGAAGUGUGGGAGGCUGCCUCAGGUACUGCGUCGUCAGACGAAAAUGCGUCCGAAACCAAUUCGAAGAAGGAUUUGUACUUGUUUUUUUUUUUUAACGGGGUCGACGAACAUCAUACGCACCAGCGGCAUCUAUAA